AUGGUAAACCGCCGAGUCGUAACGCAAUUGAAUGCCCUCAACGACCCAACCCGCAAUCCAUGGAGGCUUAGCGGCGAGUUCAACUUCCUCAUUCUCUACGCAAUUUUCGGCGACGCUGCCUGCCAGAGUCAUCAGUUCCUCUCGGCCCUUCGCGACCUUUCCGCCAUCCCCAAUCUGUCCUUCGCCGAUGCCGUCGGGCGCAUUCAAGCAGCACGCAGAGCAGACCCCACAGAGACCGGCCAACAAGGCAUCCAGCCACGACACGCCCGUGGCGCACUCGAAUCAUGUCAGGCGGACGGAAUGCAGCCGACGAAGCCUCGUAGCAGACCGAAGCAGUGGACGGAGACACACGGAGGACGCUCUGGGAAAAAGGCGAGCAAGCAAGCAUUAUCAAAGGCCUCCACUGCCAUACACGCGAGCAAUUGGAAUGGCCUACAAGAUGUGUCUGAGCCAGAGCUACAUCCUUCGCAUAAGGAGCAGAGCGAUCGUAGCGCUGUACAUAUGGGCAGGGAUGAAGCGCUGCAGGUGCCGGGAGGUGUGCAGCGAAUGGGACCAAAUACGCUUGAUCAGACACGACAUGAAGAGCAGAAUGAUGAGCCAGACGAAGAGACUACCGAUGGAGAGACUACUGAGCAAUCAAUCGAACAAGGCAGAUUCCGUAGACCACUUUCCGGCGCUCACAAAGCCGACGACAGCCUUGAGAUUGAUGAAGAUGAUCAGCAGCAGCUAGACGGAAUGGCCGAACAAGACACCUCUUUUCUUCAGGACGACGACUCUUUUGGAGGCUUCGACUGUGGCCAGCAGGACUCCGACCACGAGCAGAGUCAGAGCGACCCCCAGGCUCAGAGCGUGGAGGCGAAUAUGCGGAACGAGCCGUCCUCGCUUCAGAAGUCAGCCACGUCUACCUAUGGCGCAGCUAUCCCGACUUCUUCUUUCCCGAACCCCACCAAUUCCACCAACUCCAUCAACAAAACUGCAGAGCCCAGCAUCGUGAAGCCCCAUACCCUGCCGCUGCUGUCCACCAUUGACGACAACAGUGACAGCCCGUGUUGUCGCCCGCGCCCAGGUCACGCAUCGAGCUUGCCUUUCCACAUGAGCAAACGCAACAACGUCACGAUGAGGGGCCAAGAUGUCAAUAGGCCUACCAAGCGUGUGCGCUUCAGCGACGAGAUCACGGACACCUCGCCCUUUGAAUCUGCCUUCGCCGAACUCUCCACCGAGACGAACAACUUCGCUCACCUUAUGCAAGGCGCUUUCGACUUUUUCCAGCCGAGCUCAGCUGAUGGGCAACUUCUCGCAUCCUGCCGACCUAGUGCCGAUGGCGCCGAUACUGCUGUUCUAUCCGAUGCCUCGACGCUCGGUCGUCCUCUCUGCCUUGCCCUCGCCGAUGAGAACCGCCGCUGGAUUCUUGCUGAGUACCACCCGCAGACCGACUCGCUUACGCUUCACUGCCCGGAAGAGAUGAUUACCAAGGUCGAUCUGGAGAAAGAUGCUUUUCAAGCUCAAGAGGAAAACAACGCUCAGGCCCGAGACAGUAAUGUGGCUUCCGCUUUGAUGCCGCGCAUCUGUGCCCUUCUUGAAAGCGUGCGCCCGCGCCCUGCCACAACAGGCACACAGAAUGAGGUUCAGCCUGCUCGCCGCUUCCUGUCCUGCACUACAGUACGUCUUCCCUCAUUUCGGACAUAUGGCGACACUGCGAAGGGAACUCGGAACCGUCUAAUCGAGAUUGCUGGGUCCGCCGCUGCGUGUGCUGUCCUUCUUACACUGGGUCGAACCAUCAGCGAAACCAUCGACGGUCAUCUGUGGCUGUUCGCCAUGCAUACUGCCGCCCAGAUGUCCGAAGAUAUGGGUUUGAUUGGUCGUAUGCCGACAUCGCCGCCUAUGCAAGUCCAAAGCAGACCGAACACCACGCUGGAGGAGCUUCGUGAAAAGGCGAAUGCUAUUGAGAUGGCCCAGGUGGCUUCUCAGGGUGUUAUGGAGGAAAUUCGCCUUCAUCUCGAUAGAGGGAUGACAUCUUCUCGGUCUGUUGAACAGUUUCGGGUCCUGCGCUCCGCCAUAAGCUCCGCCAUCAGCUCCAAGCCACCUGCAGACCAUCCCGACGACGCAUACAUCGCUGGCCUUCGACGCACUGCUGAGGAUGCCCCGGCUCACCGUCGUGCUGCUGCUGAAGCCUUCCUCCGAGAAGAGCUUGCCAGCCGAGAUACAGCCUCGAAGCCGGCCAGAGUGUGGAAGGAUGUGCACAAACAGCUUGGUCUCCUUCAGGUCUCUCAUUCCGAUCGCGCUGAAGCUUCGUAUACGGAGGCGGAGGAGACGCACAAUCGAUUCAAAAAGCUGCUUGAGGCGAGUCUGUCGGAGCUGAAGAAGCUGAGUCUGGAGGCGCUAGAGCUGGCGCCGGUUUGCGGAUGGCGACAGUGCAACACCAUGGCAACUAGGUUGAAGGGCAUGACUUUUGAGCGAUACAUGAUACCCCUUUGCAUCUACCAUUGUCGUAGACGCAUUUUGAUGGGUUUGGUGUAUUAUAUCACCAUCCAUGCCUGGUUCCUACCACUCAAUGUCUUGAGAUACCCUUGCCUAACUCGUCAAGCUCUCCUGUUGAGCUGGUAUCUUGAAGACUUUGCGAUGCUCAUCGCUGGCGAUGCAGGACGACUGCGUCGAGCGCACGAGUUCAAGGACACUUUUGGUCGAGCUAAAGAUAGCGCCGAAGCCGAUGAGAUUGGGGCACCCGCAGGAAUUGUCGGCGAAGACCUCGAGGCUACAUUAAACGAAAUCUAG